AUGGUUAGCGUGGAUGAUGAAGCACCGAUUCGUUAUGUUGUCAUUGGAGAGGAUAAUGAUAGUGAACUGGAUUCGCAUCAACUUGACGGUGAUAACGAUAACUUAAAUCCAUCGUUUACUCUGGAGUAUUUUCAAGAUGCAAAUUAUAAUUCUAGUCAAAUUCCGGACAGCUCAUCAUACGAUAAUGGUUAUGUUCGAUUCAUUCAGUUUUAA